UUUCUGCAUCAUCAGAUUCCACCAAUGCAUGCCAACACUACCACGCAUGCCUUACACUUGUCACAUUUUUGCAUAUUCAGUCUACUUGAAAACGAGUAUAAAUAGAGGGUCAUUCUUGCAAGUUUUCAUCAACCACUAACACUUUUAUUCAGAGAACUCAGGCGAAACUUCUCAUCCACCAAGCUUCUUCCUACAUUGCAGUCAUGUCGCUUCUUACCAUGGGCCAAGAACACAGAGGAACUAGGGCAAACAUUGCCUCAUUCGAUCCCAAGAAAUUUCGUCAACGUUCACACCCAAUGCCUUAUCCAGACCCAUGGUGCGUACCUUACAUAGAGCGUGGGGGUUUCGGUCAUGUAAUGCAUGUCGUAAAUGCCACCAUUGAUGCCAAAUUCAUUUUGGCUCUGUGUGAACGUUGGAGACCUGAGACACACACCUUUCACCUACCAACUGGUGAAUGUACCGUCACAUUAGAGGACGUGUACAUGCUUUUAGGUCUUAGAAUAGAUGGUAAGCCUGUGACCGGAAAUGUUCAACAGCCUAACCAAAUAUGUGUUCAAAUGUUGGGGGUAGAUCUGGUCGAGGGUGAGGGGUCUACCAAAGCAAGGGGUCAGGGUAUUAAAUUAUCUAGCCUACAGUUGUACCACGACUCCAUAACUUUGACUGAGGAAUCCUCCGAACAAGAAAAGUCAUAA